AUGUCUAAGAUUGCUGUUACCUUCCCCUACCUGCCCAAGACUCUUCCUGUCUUCAGCCAAGCCAUCGUGCACGGAGACACCAUCUACUGCUCUGGCCUAGUCGGUUUUGAUGCUGCUACUGGUAUUCUUGCUGAGUCAUUUACUGAUCAGACUGUCAACUGUCUCAGAAACCUCGAGCAUGUGCUCAAGGCCGCCGGUUCGUCCAUGGAGAACGCGUUGAAGGUCAACAUAUACGUGAAGGAUGUGAGCAGAUUUGCGGAAUUGAACGAAGUUUACAUCAACUACUUUGGCGAUGUAAAGCCAGCGAGAACUUGUGUUGAAGUUACCAACCUCCCUGUGAAUGCCGCUCAGAUCGAGAUGGAGUGUGUCGCUUACAAAUAG